AUGGAGCUCUACCGCCCGAGAACCGCCUCGAUUCCGCCCAACUUCCGCCAGAUUCCAGCCGCGCAGCGCUUCAAUGUCACCGAUGCUGCACAGCUGAAGCUCAAGCUCCAGGCCCUCGACGACAAGCUCGAGCCACAUGUCGACGCCUCUGCCCUGGAGAAUGCAUGCCUGUCGCGCCCCUUCCAUGAGGACGUCUACGUAGACGGCUCUGAGGAGUUCUUCCUGCUCGUCAAGGACGUUGCGCGGGCCGACCUCAUCCCGGCCAUCUACAUUGACGCCUACACCACGGUGCAGCAGGGCCGCUUCCCUCUCAACCGCCCGCGCGUCUCCGACUUCAAAAAGGGCGUCGAUCCCACCUUCUCGGAGAUCCGCGCGCUCCUGCCCAGGAUCGACGAGCUCUGUGGCACCCGGCUCAGCGAGUCGUUCCUGGCCCUCGAAGACCAAGGCAGGCGCAAACUUCCAGCCGAGCUCGCGCUCCACGUCUACUCGUGCCUUCUGCCCCGCGAGGACCACAUCGCCCUCCUCUACCAGCCGACCCGUGACCACAAGCCCCCUCGUGCACGCAUGGACAUCAUGCGCACCAGCCGCCAGAUGCACAAGGAAGUGACAAAGUACUUCUAUGAAAAUCGCACUCUGUUUAUGAUUGUAGCCCGUGACAAGCACAGCCAGAUGCUCAGCAGAGAAUACGCUUCGAGGUAUUAUGAGACACUUGCCGCCAUGAGUCCCGAGACCCGCGCCCUCUUUACUCGACUGGAAGUUGACAUUGCCCACUUCUCUGAGCAAACCUUCGCCUCACGCCGUUUUCACCACAUACCAUCCGUCACAGAUCCCAUGCAACACAUCUUUGACCUUCUCCCACACCUCAAGACCAUCGUUAUUGUCCUGGGUGUUACACCAGCGCGUCCCGCAAAAGCGGUCGAACGCGUCAUCACCCAAAGGAACGAGACGUUGCGUUGGCUGCUAGAAUACGUACCGCCUAAUGUUGACAUUCUCUGGGAGAGAGCGAGCUUGCCCAAGAUUGAUACUGGUGCUGCGGAACUACAGUCCAUGAUUGAAGCCAGAGGUUCCUUCAUCGACAGCGAGAGCAUCACCAUGCAGCUGGCUGCGCAAAGACGUGUGAUGGUAGCUGAAGAAGAAGAGAAGGAGGACCGAGAGGUGUAUACGGAGGAGACGAAGCAGACGCCAAGCCCACAAUAG